UUGUGCGUAAACGGCGCGGGAGCUCAGGCAGGAAAGCCAGAGUCAGUAAAUACAAACUACAAGAUAACCAGCUGAUGUAGCGGUCCGUUUGAGUUCAGGCUGUGGCUACAGGAGGGAUCCAGUGGAAAUUCGGGGAAAGAUGUCCGAUGUUUGCACUUCUGAGCCUGCUGGAGCCAUAAGGGCCAUCGACAAGCACUCAGUGCAUCGGAUCUGCUCUGGACAAGUAGUCCUGAGUCUGGCCACGGCCGUCAAAGAGCUGGUGGAGAACAGCAUUGAUGCAGGAGCAACCAACGUUGAGGUCAAGCUGAAGGAGUGUGGUGCUGAACAAAUAGAAGUGUCUGACAAUGGCAAAGGUGUCGAAGAGGCGAACUUUGAAGGACUGGCACUAAAGCAUCACACAUCAAAGCUGAGGGAUUUCUCUGACCUGAUCCACGUGGAAACAUUCGGCUUUCGAGGCGAAGCCCUGAGCUCUUUGUGUGCUCUCAGUGACCUGAGUGUGAUUACGUGCCAUGGGUCCAGCCAAGUAGGCACCAAGUUGGUGUUUGACCACAAAGGUCACCUUGUGCAGCAGUCCCCCUGUCCCAGGCAGCAGGGUACCACGGUAACGCUGCAGCAGCUCUUCUACACGCUGCCUGUCAGACACAAGGAGUUCCAGCGGAAUAUCAAGAAGGAGUUUGCUAAAAUGAUCCACGUCCUGCAGGCCUACUGCAUCGUCUCUACAGGAGUCCGUAUCACCUGCUCCAACCAGACGGGCCAGGGAAAGCGCAGCGCCGUCCUCAGCACCGGUGGCAGCCACAGUAUGAGAGAUGACAUCGGAGCCAUAUUUGGACCAAAACAGCUGCAGAGUCUUCUCCCGUUCCGGCAAGUUUCUCCAUCAGAGAAUAUCAUGGAGGAAUAUGGACUUAAAGACGGAGACUUACCCAAACAGCUUUUUACGAUUUCAGGCUUUGUGUCCACCGGGGACCACGGCGUGGGGCGGAGCGCCUCAGACCGGCAGUUCUUCUUCAUCAACAGCCGCCCAUGUGACCCAGUGAAGGUCAGUAAACUUGUGAAUGAAGUGUACCACAUGUACAACAGACAUCAGUAUCCAUUUGUUGCCCUGAACAUAGCUGUUGCCUCAGACUGCGUGGAUGUGAAUGUAACGCCUGACAAACGACAGAUUUUCCUUCAAGAGGAGAAGCUCUUACUCGCCAUCCUAAAGUCUUCUCUCAUCAACAUGUAUGAAGCUGGAGUAAAUAAGAUCAGCCUGAACAAUACACUGACUGUAUCGUCUGCAUCUAAAGAAGUUCACCAUCCUGUUGAAGACAAAGCAGAACCUGCGGAGACCAACCAACCAGGGACUCCGAGCCCAAAGUCAACCAUGAACCUCGCCGCCUUCAAAGCUGCUUUUUCAAACCAGAACAGCGCCCUCUCUGGAAGUAGGUCAAGCACAGAAAAAGCUUCCAAAAGCGGGCCGAGCCAGAAAACGCUGCAGUGUUUCUUUAAGAGUUCAGUUAAAUCACCCGUACAACCCAGAACAGAGGCAGCUAAAGGCAGCUUUGGAGCGCGGGCGGAGUCAUUCUCCCUGUCUGUCAGGAAGAAUGACUCUGAAAGAGGCUUGGCAGUAGAAUCACCAGAUCCACAGCAUCCAGUCUCCUCCAGACCAGUUGUUAAAAAUGUAACGCAUGACUCAUCGGUGAGCCAGAACCUCCCUGAGGACCCGGAGUUCCAGGCCGAAGCACGUUCACCUGUCGAGGACUGCGUCAUUAUCCCCGAAGCUAAAAGAGCCAGACGAGACGAUCCAUAUUUCACCGCAGAGCGAACGCCCGACACGGCUUCCUCCACGGCCGACGUCCCCGUCUGUCUGCAGAGGAGGACCGUGCCGCUGCAUUUCUGUCUGCAGGCCCUGGCAGCCGGCAUGAAGAGGCUGCAGCAGCAGCAGCAGAGACGACGAGCCGCAGACAGGCUGCGCUACAGGCGCUUCAGGGCCAACAUCAGCCCCGGAGAAAACCAGAGAGCUGAGGACGAGCUCCGCAGAGAGAUCAGUAAGGACAUGUUUAAGGAAAUGGAGAUCAUCGGUCAGUUUAACCUGGGCUUCAUCAUCACCAAGUUGAACUCAGACAUCUUUAUGAUUGACCAACACGCCACCGAUGAGAAAUACAACUUUGAGAUGCUGCAGCAGCACACUGUGCUCCAAGGACAGAGGCUCAUUGUCCCACAGAAACUCCACCUGACUGCAGUCAGUGAGAACGUGCUGUUAGAGAACGUCGAGAUCUUCCAGAAGAACGGCUUUGAGUUCUUGAUCGAUGAAGACGGUAGGACUGUUAUCAGAGUUCUUCAGGCAGGAAGAACUGUUUCUUCAUGUUCUCACUGUGAAGUGAUUCCCUCAGCCCAGGUGAUGGAGCGAGUGAAGCUGGUCUCCUUGCCCACCAGUAGGAACUGGACCUUCGGGCCGGCCGACAUUGAAGAGCUGAUCUUCAUGCUGAGUGACAGUCCUGGCGUCAUGUGCCGCCCGUCCAGAGUCAGGCAGAUGUUCGCUUCUAGAGCGUGUCGCAAAUCAGUGAUGAUCGGUACAGCUCUGAGUGUCGGUGAGAUGAAGAAGCUGGUGAUUCACAUGGGAGAGAUCGAGCAUCCAUGGAACUGUCCUCAUGGCAGGCCCACCAUGAGACACCUCGCCAACCUGGAAAUUAUUUCACAGGACUGAGCCCAGAAAUACAUGAAACACCUGAUAUUUUCACUUUAUACAGACCAGACUGUGUGUAAACUGUGUGUAAAUGUUCUGUCUGAUACGUCUGUAAAUUAUUUACCUUGUGUUUUUAGAUUGGUUCAAUUACUAGCGUGUGCUUCUUUUUUUAAUGCUAGUUUUCAUUUAGUUAGAUUUUUUUUAUAUUAAAUAGAUUAUAUUAUUUUUUUAUUGUUAUAUCCAAUAAACAAUGCACAAACACAUGCUUAUUAUUCUUGUUGAACUGAGGUAACAGAUCAUUUAUUAUUACAAUUCUUGGCUGUAAAGCGGUAAUUCUGAAUAAACAGUGGGUUCAACUGGGA